GAUAGACUUAUCGGUUAGAGUCAAAACCAAAACAACGUGCUGCGGAGUAAAAUAUAUACAUUUUGUUUUCUUGAUAAAAAUACAAUUUGCAAAGAUGCCACAGGGAAAAUUCAAGAAGGCCAAGCUGCCCGCAUCCAUACAGAAAAAGAAAAACCAAAAGCAGGCUGCCUUCACCCGCCGUUCAAAUGCGCCCAUUCAGGCGAAAAAGGCCAAGUUCAAUGAGACGCAGAAGAUCAAGUCCGUCAUCUCGAAGUCGGUCAACAAGAGCGUGGAGAGCGAACUGCGAUCCCGCGCCCACGAGGGAUACAUCCAGUUGAGCAAGGCCCAGGAGGCGGUGGCCAAGCACCACGCCUCCCAGGCGAAGGCGGCUGCGGCGGCCAGCACCGCCAAGUCCGCGGAAUAGCUUACUCUAGGCCUAAUAUCGAUUGGAAUUGAGAGGAUUCGAGUUUUCCACACUUUACCAACUGCGUUUUGCUCUAAACAAUCUCAAAAAGGACUUUACAUCCCAGUAAUAGCUGAGAAUUUAAACUAAAUGUAUUGUUAGUACUAAGCUUGUAAAGUUACAUGCAUUUUGUAGUCCCUGCUGAAUUUAAAGCAACAUUUUCUAUUGAUAUUUGAUACCAAAUCUUUUAGAGGAUAUAGCAAUCAAACUAAUUCCUUAUG